AUGCGAGGACAAAUGAAGUCCCUAACAGACAUUGUGUCGAACAGAAGAAGCAGCUCCGGUUCUGCGACUGGAUAUCCUGCAAGCCCUCGCCAAGGCGAAAUCCUAGAUUUCAAACCAGGAUCCGCUGUUCAAAUUGGACGCAUUGUGAAAGGCAACACCCUCCCCAUCAAGGACCCCGACAUCUCCUCGAAACACCUCUCCAUUCUCAACGAAUCUGCCAAAUGGAUCCUCCGCGACCUAGACUCUUCAAACCACACCGCUUUGGACGCCUCCCAGAUCCCCCCGAACACUCCCUUCCCCCUUCACCACGACUCCACCGGAGAAUUCACCUCCAUCCACGUCAUCUUUUUCCCUCCCCACAACAGCAACAUGCUCUCCCACCUCGACGAAACCCCUCGCGCUGCCAUCGAACUGCUCUGGUUCCGGUUCCAGCCCCGGUUCCAGUGGCUCCUUCUGAACAUGCUAGGCCACGCAACAGCCCUAGGGGUAGGAGAUGUUGAGAAUUUGAUUCGUGUGGAGGAGAAGGUGGAGGAGUCAGAGAUAACGGGGAAUCCAAAUUUGUUUGAGAUUUCUGAUUCCAGUGAUGAGAAUUUGAAUGCUCCGGUGACAGAGAGGGGUGUUGCUGGAAAGAGGGAAUUGGAGAAAGAGGGUGAAGAUAGGAAUGGUGUGAAAGAGGCUUGUGAUGGGAAAGAAAAGGGGAAUUUGAAUGAAGAUGAUGGAAAUUGGCUUGAUUUGAAUAAGAUGACACUUGGUGAGUGGAUUGAUUUUUUGGAAUUUCACUUGCCCAAACAGAUAGAUGAAACUAACGAGAUGAUUGAUUCAAUGACUCAAAAGGCUGAGAGACUCUGCGAGUACAUCGCAGUGAUGCAACAACAUAAUAUCAAGGGUAAAAUGCCUAGGCCAAAAUGUCAAAAUAACUCGGAUAUUGUAACCACAUCAGUCGCGAAGGAACUUAUUUGUCAUUUAGUACUGUUACUGUAUGCUGCAAUGUCGGAAGUUCCGUCUAGGGUCAUUUUCCUCGCUGCAUACACGUUGCGACUUUUCUUUUCGUUGGCUGGGUCCAUAGACAAAGGAGAAUAG